AUGCCCCUGGAGCCCAGGCCGGGGGGCAAGGUGGUCCCGGCCUCCAGCCUCCGGGCCAAGUCCCAAGUAGUGAGUGCCAAGUCCCGCCCGGCGGAGGUGAGGGCCCCCCGAAAAGGGCCGGCCUUCUGGAGCAAGUCUUCGCCCCAGCUGCGCCGGGAGCUGCCCAGGGCCCCCAGCCGGCCCUCGUGGGCACUGCACGAAAGGAUACCCGGCCCCCCAGAGUUUUUGGGCAUCUCCAGCUGGUGGCAGAUCUCGGCUCUGCUCUUGGUGGCUCUUUCCUUGGCUUUGUUUUGCACCCAGAUCAUUUUGAUUUACAACUCCCUGACAUGCAGCUCCUGCAAGGGGCGCUGGAUGCAAUGGGGAGACAGCUGCUACCUGCAUACCUCCGAACCCAUGCCCUGGAGAGACUGUUUGAGCCAUUGCAAGUCACUCAAAAGUAGCCUCUUGACCGGGAGGACCAAAGGAGAAAUGGAAUUCCUGCUGUUGCAGACGGCGGACUGGUUCAUGAUGCACAACAACCGCCUCCGAGGUGGAAGCUACUGGGUUGGCCUGAUCUACAACACGUCCGAAAAUAUCUGGAAGUGGGCCGACGGGACAAAUCUGCACAUCUGGGUGACUGGAGCCUGGCAGAACAUCUCCACCCCUGUGGACAUCUGCGUCGCCAUCAGCAAAGGCGACUCAUCCAGCUAUGAAUGCAGCAACGAGUACCAGUGUCUGUGCAAGAAGUCGGUGGAAUGA